AUGGUGGAUCCCGUGCCUGAAGAGGAGAAGGCGGGAGCCGAGCCGGGAGGCUCCGGAGGGGACGAAGCCGCCGCGUCCGUGCCCCCUGACUCCCAGGGCGCCCCGCAGCCCGCGGCGACUUCGGCCUCGGCCUCCGCCGCGGCGCCCCGUAAGGCUGAAGUCCCGUGCGCAGCAGAAGGCGGGCGGCGGGAGCAGUCCCCGCUAUUGCACCUCGACCUCUUCAACUUCGACUGUCCGGAGGCCGAGGGCAGCCGCUACGUGCUGACCAGUCCCCGCUCGCUAGAGGCCUGCGCCCGCUGCGCCGUUAAACCCGUGGAGCUGCUGCCACGGGCCCUGGCGGACCUGGUGCGCGAGGCCCCCGGCCGCUCUAUGCGAGUAGCCACUGGCCUGUACGAGGCUUACGAGGCGGAGCGGAGCGCCAAGCUGCAGCAGUGCCGGGCAGAGCGCGAGCGCAUCGUGCGCGAGGAGAAGCGGCGCCUCUUCACGCCUUUGGGCCCCGCGGCCGCCGCGGCCUCGGCCCCUAGUGCUGGCAGCAGCAGCAGCUGCAGCAGCGCCAGCCUCCCGGCCUCGCCCGCACCGCGCGCCGCCCGCAAGGCCUCCUCCAGCCCGGCCCGGCCCCAACCUACGCCCGCGCGGUCGCGGGCAGGAAGGAAGAGCCACUCACUAGACUCCCUGUCCCGCCGGCGGGAGGGCGCCCUGAGCUCCGAGUCAGGCGCGUCGUCGUCGUCCUACAGCGGUGAGAGCCUGCGGGAGCUGCACUGGCCGCCGCGGGCCUCGGCCAGGAACAGCUGCCCGGCGGGGUCGGCGUCCUCUGCUCCCAACCCUCUGGGCCGCCCAUCCGCCCUGGCCCUGGUUCCCCUCACCGGCCGCAGCUUCAGCCUCGGCGACCUGAGCCACUCGCCACAGAUGGCUCAGCACGUGGAACGCAUCGUGCGCCAAGUGCGCGCCGAGCGGGGUCUGCGCGCGGUGCCGGAGCGCGACCGGAAGAUCGCGGCGCUGAUGCUGGCGCGGCACCAGGAGGAGCGCCUGUUGCUGGAGCAGCGCGCCGCGGCCCACGGCCAGUGGGAGCAGCAGCGCGUCCGCGCCGAGCAGCGACGGGAGCGCGAGGAGCGCGAGAAGCAGCGCGCCCUGGAGCAGGGCCGCCGAGCCUGGGCCGCGCAGGUGGAGGAGCGGCGCGGCCGCCGGGGCCGCGAGGAGCGCGAGGAGGCGCGGCGGCGGCAGCGGCAGUGCGAGCGCAGCGAGGAGCGGCGGCGGGAGCUGGCCGAGCGCCAGGGACUGCUGCGGCGGGAGCGGGCGGAGCGCACGGCCCGGGAGGACCGACUCCGCAAGCUGCAGCAGGAACAGAACCUGAAGCAGCGGGAGGAGGGGCUGCAGGAAGUGCGCGAGCGGGCCGAGCAGGUGCGCAGGGAGCGCGCUCAGCGCGCGGCCCGCGCCAAGCAGAGUCAGGAGGGCCAGUUGCAGCGAGAGAAGCGGGAGCUAAGCCGGGCGGAGCGGGCGCGCCAUGAGGCGUUGCUGCAAGGCCGGGCCCGGCUGGAGCGCCAGGAGCGCGAGGGCCUGCGGAGCUCCCUGGAGGCCAGCUUGGGCCGCGCGCAGGAGAACUACGAGCAGUUGGUGGAGCAGCGCACCCGGGAGCUGCGCGAGCGGGCCCGGCGGGAGGAGCUGCAGGGCCGGCGGGCCAAGGAGGCGGCCGAGCGCAAAGACCGGGAGCAUCAGGCACACCUGGAGGCUCUGGCCCGGGUGGGCGAGCGGCGGCUGCAGCACGCGGCGCAGGCGGCCGAGGAGGCGGUGCAGCAGAAGGCGCGGCGCGUGGGCCAGAGCCGGAUGGAGAAGGAGCGGGCCCAGCGGGCCAACAAGGAGAAGGUGGAGAGGGACGAAGACUGCCGCCGGCGGGAGCUGCUCCAAGCCAUCGGUCGCAAGCUGGAGCGCAGCGAGCAGCUGUCUCGGGACCGGCGCAGCGCGCUGGAGAGCGCCCGCUCCACAGCCCGGGCCUCCUUCCACGUGCGCGAGAAGGUACGCCAGGAGACCAACACGCGCUCCUUCGAUCGCAUGGUUCGCGAGGCCCAGCUGCACGCCAGCCUGGACCGUAAAUGA